AUGGCGGCGGCCAGACGCCUGUCCGUCGAUGCGCAGAUGCGGCCGUCCCUGUCCAUGGACGCGCAGAUGCGGCAAUCCCCAAACGGAGACGCGCAGAUGCGGCCACCCCGACCCGCUGCCAGUUUCAUGCGGCCGCCGUCCACCGUCGCGCAGAUGCGGCUAGCACAGUCCGCCGGAGGCCAUAUUCUCCAGGCAAGCAGAUGCGGCCACCCCCAAGAAUCCCUGCACGUCAUUGAUGGCCCUCCUCAAUCAGUGAGUUCUGUUGGCGACAUGCUGGAUUCCCAGCAGAUGGUAGGCUACGAGAACUCAUUCCCUGACAAUGUGUCUGCAUCCGUUGAAGAUAUGCCCAACAACGACAUGUUUUUUGAUGGCAAGGCCACAUGCGACGGCGAUGAGCAGAAGGCUGAUGGCGGCGCUGACGAGAACAAGGUUGAUGGCGGCGCUAGCAUUCAAGAGAUUUCUCGCUAUGCCUGCGUGCUUAAAUCCGACGAUGGCGGGAUCAAGGCCGCAGAGUCCCCGGUGCUGGAGCGGGUGAUAGUGGGCGCGCGACGCGGGUUGGACGCCGACUGCACCGUGCGCGUCCUCGGCGCGCCCGCCGACGCCGUCGUCGCCUUCCUCCGCUUCCUCUACUCCAACCCCAGGGCGGCUGCGCCGGCGGGGGAGUGGGCGGAGGAGGACGCGGUGGGCGCGCACGGGCCGGCGCUGCUGGCGCUGGCGCACGCGUACCGUGUCCCGUGGCUGAAGCGGCGCGCGGAGGCCGCGGUGUCGGCGCGCCUGACCGCGGAGCGCGCGGUGGACGCGCUCAAGCUGGCCGCGCUCUGCGACGCGCCGCGGCUGUACCUGGCGUGCGCGCGCCUCGCGGGCAAGGACCUGGACGCCGUGGAGCGGUCCGAGGGGUGGCGCUUCGCGGGCCGCCACGACGCCGCGCUCCGGCUCAACCUGCUCCAGCUCCUCCACGACGCCGACCAGAGAAAGGAGAGGUGGGAGAGGGAGCGUGCGUCGCAACACGUGUACGGGCAGCUCAGCGACGCCAUGGCCUUCCUGGACCGCAUCUUCGCUGGCACAGAAGAAGCCUCGUCGUGCGAGGACGAGGACGAGUACGGCGUCCGCCGGGGGCUCGAGCAGCUCGUGCGGCACUUCGCCGCGUGCGGCGGCAGGACCAGGAAGCCCGCCGCCUGCCCGCGCUGCAGACGCGCGUUCCAGCUCCUCCGCCUCCACGCCUCCGUCUGCGACCGCGCCGCCGACGGCCACGGCGAAGAGCCUUGCAAAGUUGCCUUGUGCAGCAACCUCAAGGCCAAGAUGCAAGAAGAGGGAGUGGACAUGACAUGGAAGCUUCUGGUGAAGAAGGUGACCAGGGCUAGGGUGAUGUCUGCUCUGGCCAGCAGGGAGGUGCCAGAGGUUGUGAAGAAGUCAUGGGCCAAAUACAGCAGCCGUAGAGCUGCCAGAAUUAGAUGA